GCCUGGGGCUUGUACUACCUGUUCCAGUGCUUUCAGCCAGAGCUUCCCUGGGCAAGCUGCAACAACAAAUGGAACACAGAAAAUUGUGUGGAAGAUACCUUCCGCAAGAACAAGACACUCUGGGUGGCUGCGAACGCCACUAACUUCACUUCCCCUGUCACUGAGUUCUGGGAGCGAAAUGUCCUCAGCAUCUCAGACGGUAUUGAGCAGGUGGGUCAUAUUAAAUGGGACCUGGCUCUGUGUCUGCUCGCUGUGUGGGUCAUCUGUUUCUUCUGCAUCUGGAAAGGUGUUAAGUCCACUGGGAAGGUUGUGUACGUCACAGCAACAUUCCCAUUUGUCAUGUUAAUUGUUCUGCUUGUACGGGGUGUCACUCUUCCUGGGGCAGCCGAGGGC